AUGAUCGCAUUCUCACACCUUUCUAUCCUCGGUAGCAUUGUCGUGCUGUUGUUCUCCGUCACAAACGCUUUCAAUUUACGUGGCACUUUGCAUGCGGAGGCUGAUCAGAACGGACAACUUGCUACCCAAGGUUCUGUCUCGGAUGAGGGAACGCACCGCAUGCUGCCUCCUUUGAGCCAUUUGUGGGCUUAUGAGGGCGGAAGCAGGACGGGCGGCAAGGAGGAGGUGGAUGCGAAGCAUGAAGUGCAAGAGAAGGACGUAUCCCCUGCAGAUAACUCGCACCGCAUGCUGCCUCCUUUGAGCCAUGGGUGGGCUUAUGAGCGCGGGAGCAGGACGGGCGGCAAAGGGGAGGUGGAUGCGAAGGAUGGAAAAGAUGCACUGGUAAAAAGCAUGCCUCGCGAUGAGGCUCACGGUGAGAAUUAG